CCAGUUAAGAUGAAUUCAUUUGGAGAAUGGAAGCCUGUUGGUGCCAUGGUAGUCGUCAAUUUUGCAUUGGCCAUAGUGAAUUUACUUCUUAAGAAGGUUCUUAAUGAAGGAACAAACCAAUUAAUUAUCGUUGCAUACCGACAGUCAAUUUCUGCUAUUUUCUUGGGGCCCAUUGCCUACUUCUGGAAUAGGAAAAGCAGACCUGAACUUACAGCUUGUAUCUUAUGUCAACUUUUCUUUAGUGCUCUGGUCGGGGUAACACUCACACAAUACUUGUUCCUUCUUGGACUUCAAUACACAUCUGCUACGUUCACAUGUGCUUUCAUCAGUAUGGUGCCUGUAAACACAUUUCUACUGUCACUUCCAUUUGGUCUAGAGAAAGUGAACAUAAAGAGCAAAUACGGGAGGGCUAAGGUGUUGGGAGCUGUGGUAUGCAUUGGUGGUGCUUUGUUAUUAACCCUAUACAAAGGAACUCCACUAAACAACCCACAAUCACGAGCCACAACUCACAUAGCUAACCAAGACACCAUGAUGGUUUCGGCUAAGACAGAAAGGUGGGCCAUUGGUUCGAUACUUAAUGCUGCAGGCUGCUUGUUGUGGUCUUCAUGGUUCCUUAUACAAGCAAAGAUUGGCAAAAGAUAUCCCUGUCAAUAUUCUAGCACUGCAAUUCUGAGCUUUUUUGGCGCCAUUCAAUCUGCAGUCUUGUGUUUGAUCACGGAGAGAAACCUUGGCAUGUGGGUUAUGAAAGGGAAGUUGGAGAUAUUAACUGUCAUAUAUGCUGGGAUGGUGGGAUCAGGCUUGUGCUAUGUGGCGAUGUCAUGGUGUGUCAAACAAAGAGGUCCACUCUUCACGUCAGCAUUUACCCCCCUGAUAGAGAUAUUUGUAGCUAUCUUUGAUUUCUUUAUCUUGCAUGAACAAAUUUACGUUGGAAGUAUUCUGGGAUCUAUCCUAGUUGUAAUUGGCAUGUAUAUUCUUCUAUGGGGUAAACGCAAUGAGAAGCAAGGCCAAACAGCAGAAGAAGAUGCAGAUUGUAAUACAGUGUCAAGGGUCAUACCUGUCACAAAUCAACCAAAUUUGCCCUUGACCAGUUUUGAUUAGUUCCAAUCAAUUCACGCACCUACACUCUGCAAUCACCAAAGCAUGGGUUCAAACAUCUUGAACUACUGCAACCCAUUCUUCAUGUUGAUCUGAUUGAACAAUGAAAGGCAA